AUGGCCGGUAUGGAACAAUUGCAGAUCCACAGCAAGUCCUACCUCGUGCGUUGGAUCAACGUCCCCGCCGGCCACACGAUCAGCUGGAGCAUCCAGCCGCACAAGAAGUCGCUCAACUUUGGCAUCUUCAAGCACCCCGGCACCAAGAAUGGCGAGACGCCCAAUUUGCCCUCGACCGACCAAGCCAAGAUCGACGCGCCGGGCCUCGACCUGUCAGCCUCACGCCCGCGCGCCUCGAGCAACUCUGGACGCAAUGACCCUCCGGUCGUAGACAAGCUGGUGAGGCUAGGGUUACGGCAGGUCUCAUGGACGGGGCGGUGCGAGGCCGACAAAGUGAGCAUGGGACGCUACGACGUGCCCGAGGGCGACGGUGGCAUGUACGGGCUGGUCUUCGACAACACAUUCAGCAAGCAGAUUGCGAAGACGGCGACGUUUGUGCUCAUGACGCACCCGACCAACGCGCCGCCCAAGUCCGGACACCACCUGCACUUCUCGCAGAAGUUCGGCGAAAGCUCCACCAGCCUUGGCCGCAGCCCGACGGCUCUCUCAGGUGCCGAGUUUGGCGAUUCGACUGAGUCACUCGAUCGCGACCCCUCGACCACCAUUGCCGCUGACCCGCGCCCCAAGUCGCGCCACAUCGCUGAGGCCACGACUCCCGGCGGCUCGCUAUUCUACACGGGUGUGCUUAUGAAGAAGCGCCGUAAGCGCAACCAAGGUUAUGCGCGACGUUUCUUUUCUCUCGAUUUCACGUCCAGCACCCUCUCAUACUAUCAGAGCCGCCAGUCGUCGGCCCUGCGCGGUGCCAUUCCUUUGUCCCUCGCCGCCAUCGGCGCCAACGAGAUGACGAGAGAGAUCUCGGUCGAUUCGGGGGCCGAAGUUUGGCAUCUCAAGGCCACGAACAAGAAGGACUUUGACGAGUGGAAGGAUGCGCUGGAGAGGGCAAGCAAGCAGGCCGGCACGGCCCCGAGCCCCCCUGAGGACCCGGCCAACCAAGAUUACAACUGGCCAUCUACGCAGAAGGCCAGCGCGGAACUCGAGGUGCGGGAAUGGGGCAAGGUUGAAGCGCUGGUGGGCAGGGUGUCAGGCACGAGGGACGCGGUGCGCCGGCUGGCCAAGGACACGGAGGCGAAGUUGCUUCCAUCUUCGGUCACGUCGGGGGCCAGCAGCGUCAAGGGUGGAAUCAGUGGGGUCACCAGCCCCGCCGAGUCGGAAUCGGCGGCGUCUGGCGACUAUUUCAACAAAAACGACGACGACGCAAGAUCGGUCAAGUCGGGAGGGUUUUGGAAGCGGAAGUCCAGCACUGCCGGCAGGAGGAGCGUUUCGGGCGCGCAGACAUCCGUCCCGGUUCCCGGCAGCAUCCCUCCCGUUCCGGCGCUUCCGACCACGUCGCUCACCGUGCCGAAGCCCGCCGCUUCGGCCGACGAGACGGGCAUCCACGAACAUGUCCUCGCCAUUCUGCGCGAUCUCGACUUGGUCGUCUCCGAAUUCUCCACCCUCCUUGCCGAGAGCAGGUCGCGCCGUGCUCCCACUACCACCGCCACCCCUGUCGCCGAGGCCCGCAAGAGCAUUGACAGCGCAUCUGACGACGAGUUCUUCGACGCUACCGGCGGCGACGACUCGCAAGAACCCUCCAAAUCUCAAUUCCUCCAGAUCCGUCGUGACUCGGACGAGCCCGACGAAGAGGCUACCGACGAAGUCAGCGACGGCGAAUCUGAAGCCAGCAGCGAGGGCGAUGCCGCGGCCGGAGCCAUGGACCAAAAAGACAAAGAGGGCCAGCUAUCCAUGUACCCGUCGAGGGCCAAGGACCUCACGCCGCUGCCGGCCGACACGGUGCAGAGGAGGAAGAACGUGAACGCGCCGAAGCAGGCGCCGCCGUCGCUCAUUGCCUUCCUGCGCAAGAACGUCGGCAAGGAUCUCAGCACCAUCGCCAUGCCCGUCUCGGCCAACGAGCCGACGUCGCUGCUGCAGCGCGUGGCCGAGCAGAUGGAGUACAGCGAGCUGCUCGACGCGGCCGCGACGGCCAACCCCGACGACGGGUCGCGCAUCCUGUACGUGAUGGCGUUUGCGAUCUCGUCGUUCUCAAACUCGCGCGUCAAGGAGCGGGCGAUCCGCAAGCCGUUCAACCCCAUGCUGGGCGAGACGUUUGAGCUGGUGCGCGAAGACAAGGGCUACCGGUUCCUGGCGGAGAAGGUGUCGCACCGGCCGGUGCGGAUGGCGUGCCAGGCGGAAGCGGCGUCGUGGACGUUUAUGCAGAGCCCGAUGCCGGUGCAGAAGUUCUGGGGCAAGAGCGCGGAGCUGAACACGGACGGGCGCGCGCGCGUCUUCAUCUACCCGAAGGACAAGGACGCGGCGGCCGACGCGGAGCAGUACAGCUGGACGGUGGCGACGUCGUUUCUGCGCAACAUCAUCGCGGGCGAGAAGUACGUGGAGCCGGUGGGGACGAUGACGGUCGUGUGCGAGAGCACGGGCGCCAAGGCCGUCGCGACAUUCAAGGCGGGCGGCAUGUUCGCGGGCCGCAGCGAGGAAGUCAGCGUGCAGGCGUUUGCGCCGGGCUCGGCGGCGCCGCUGCCGCUCGGCUUGAACGGCAAGUGGACGCAGUCUCUCACCUUGACCUCCGGCGGCAAGCCCAUCUGGAGUGUCGGCCCGCUGGUCGACCAGCCCGAAAAGCGCUACGGCUUCACGACCUUUGCCGCCUCGUUGAACGAGAUCUCGGCUUUAGAACAAGGCAAGCUGGCGCCGACGGACUCGCGCUUGAGGCCCGAUCAGCGGGCGGUGGAGGAGGGGGAGCUGGAUAGCGCGGAGGGCUUGAAGGCGAAGUUGGAGGAGGCCCAGCGCCAGCGCAGAAAGGACAUGGAGGAGCGCGGCGAGGAGUGGAAACCGCGGUUCUUUGAGAAGGUCAAGGGCGCUUCUGGUGGGGGCGAGGGCGGCGAGGGCAGUGCGGGCGGUGAUGAGGUGUGGAGGUUGAAGGGCGGGAAGGAGGGGUACUGGGAUUGUAGGGCUAGGGGCGAGUGGGAGGGUGUGCUGGAUGUUAUGAAGGUUUAG